UACAACAUGUUCGAGAUGGAUGGAGAGAUGGACAAGAAGAAGUCAAAAAAGACGAAGAAAAAGGAGAGGAUGGAGGGCAUGAAGAAAGAAAUGGACAUUGACGACCACGAGAUUACAAUUGAAGAGCUAGAGAUGAGAUAUACCACAAAUGUUGAAAAGGGCUUGACGACCACAUUUGCCCGGCAGGUCCUCGAGAGAGAUGGUCCUAAUGAGCUGAGGCCUCCCAAAGGAACCCCGGAGUAUGUGAAGUUUGCCCGGCAGCUGGCCGGAGGGCUUCAGUGUCUGAUGUGGGUCGCCGCCGUCAUCUGCUUCAUCGCCUUCGGAAUUGAACUUUCAAGAGGGAACCUCACCUGCUUUGACGAUCUUUACUUGGCCAUCGUUCUGAUCACUGUCGUCGUGGUAACUGGAUGCUUUGGUUACUACCAAGAGUUCAAGAGUACAAACAUCAUUGCCAGCUUCAAGAAUCUGGUGCCACAGCAAGCUGUUGUGAUCCGUGAUGGCCAGAAAAACGAGAUCCAUGCCAACCAACUGGUGGUGGGAGAUUUGGUGGAAGUCAAAGGAGGAGACAGGGUCCCUGCUGAUAUUCGCAUCAUCACUAGUCAGGCCUGCAAGGUGGAUAACUCGUCCUUGACAGGCGAGUCUGAACCUCAAACCAGGAGUCCAGAAUGUACUCAUGAGAAUCCACUGGAGACAAGAAACGUUGCUUUCUUCUCUACCACUAUUCUGGAAGGUGUAGCAACCGGUGUGAUUAUCAACACAGGUGAUCGUACCAUCAUCGGUCGGAUCGCCAGCUUGGCGAGCGGCGUCGGCAAUGAGAAGACGCCCAUCGCCAUAGAAAUCGAGCAUUUUGUGGACAUCAUUGCUGGUCUUGCGAUCUUCUUCGGGUUUACCUUCUUUGUGGUCGCCAUGUUUAUCGGAUACGCCUUCCUGGAAGCCACGAUCUUCUUCAUGGCUAUCGUGGUGGCUUAUGUGCCAGAGGGGCUCCUUGCUACCGUCACUGUAUGUCUGUCUCUGACGGCUAAACGACUCGCCAGGAAGAACUGUGUUGUAAAGAACCUGGAGGCUGUGGAGACAUUAGGCUCCACUUCAGUGAUCUGCUCUGAUAAGACGGGCACCCUGACCCAGAACAGGAUGACUGUGGCUCACCUUUGGUUUGACAACCAUAUCCACGCUGCUGACACCACUGAAGAUCAGUCAGGCCAAAGUUUCGAUCAGUCAUCAGAGACAUGGCGAUCACUGGCGAGAGUGACUACCCUGUGCAACAGAGCCACAUUCAGACCUGAUCAGGAGGGGUUACCUAUUCCUAGGAGACUCGUGAUGGGAGAUGCGUCAGAGACGGCUCUGCUGAAGUUCACCGAGCUCACUGUGGGGAACACCAUGGACUACCGUGGUCGCUACAAGAAAGUGGUGGAAGUGCCCUUUAACUCCACCAACAAGUUCCAACUGUCUGUUCAUGAACUGGAGGAUCCACUGGACCUGCGCUACCUGCUGGUGAUGAAGGGAGCAGCAGAGCGAAUCUUAGAGCGCUGCUCCACUAUUCUGAUCAAAGGCCAGGAGCUGCCACUGGAUGAGCAGUGGAAAGAAGCUUUUCAGACUGCUUACUUGGACCUGGGAGGACUGGGAGAGAGAGUUCUGGGUUUCUGUCAUAUCUAUCUUAACGAAAAGGAGUUCCCUCGUGGUUAUCGCUUUGACCCCGAUGAGAUGAAUUUCACCACGUCGGGACUGUGCUUUGCUGGUCUCAUCUCGAUGAUUGACCCCCCGAGGGCCACCGUACCCGACGCAGUGAUGAAAUGUCGUACUGCUGGCAUCAGGGUCAUCAUGGUGACUGGAGACCAUCCAAUCACAGCGAGGGCAAUCGCAGCCAAUGUUGGCAUCAUCUCAGAAGGCAGUGAGACAAUGGAAGAUAUCGCCCAGAGGAAGCGCAUUCCUGUGGAACAAGUCAACAAGAGGGACGCCCGUGCUUGUGUGAUCAGCGGUGGUCAGCUGAAAGACAUGAGCAGUGGUGAGUUGGAUGAAGCCCUGAAGAACCACCCUGAGAUGGUGUUUGCAAGAACCUCACCUCAGCAGAAACUGAUCAUUGUGGAGAGUUGUCAGCGUCUGGGCUCCAUCGUCGCUGUUACAGGUGAUGGAGUGAACGACUCGCCGGCUCUGAAGAAAGCCGACAUUGGCAUAGCCAUGGGGAUCGCCGGUUCAGAUGCUGCAAAGAACGCUGCUGACAUGAUCCUGUUGGACGACAACUUCGCUUCCAUCGUCACCGGAGUGGAGCAGGGCCGUCUUAUCUUUGACAACCUGAAGAAGUCUAUCGCCUACACACUGACCAAAAAUAUUCCUGAGCUGACUCCAUAUCUGGUUUACAUCACCGUCAGCGUGCCUCUUCCUCUCGGCUGCAUCACUAUCCUCUUCAUCGAACUGGCCACUGACAUCUACCCCUCUGUCUCUCUGGCCUAUGAGAAAGCAGAGAGUGACAUCAUGCACCUGAAGCCCAGGAACCCUCGUCGUGAUCGCCUGGUAAACGAACCCCUGGCUGCCUACUCCUACUUUCAGAUAGGAGCCAUCCAGUCUUUUGCAGGUUUUACAGAUUAUUUCGCAGCGAUGGCCCAGGAGGGCUGGUUCCCGCUGUUGUGCGUCGGCCUACGUGCUCAGUGGGAGGACGUUAAGCUUCAGGACCUACAGGACAGCUAUGGGCAAGAAUGGACAUUCAGCCAGAGGUUGUACCAGCAGUACACCUGCUACACUGUAUUCUUUGUCAGUAUAGAGAUCUGUCAGAUCUCUGACGUGCUGAUCAGAAAGACUCGACGUCUGUCUGUGUUCCAGCAAGGCUUCUUCAGGAACCGUGUCCUGGUUUCUGCCAUCGUCUUCCAGCUGUUACUCGGUAAUCUGCUUUGUUACUGCCCGGGAAUGCCCAACAUCUUCAAUUUCAUGCCAAUCAGGGUCCAGUGGUGGUUAAUUCCAGUUCCAUUUGGUAUUUUAAUCUUUGUCUACGAUGAGAUCAGGAAACUAGGAGUAAGAAGAUUUCCAGGAAGUUGGUGGGAUCAGGAGUUAUACUACUGA